AUGAGGGGUGCUGGUCUAGGGCUAAUGGAUGCUGCUACUAAAGGUGCUUUGCAAGCAGGAACACCAGUUGGUCGAUUUAGGAUUGGUAAAGAAGCUGGCGAAUGGACAACAUCAAAUUUUCAUCCUUACCUACCAUCAGAAGCGUUUUUCUCUGCUAGGAAGCAUGGGUUGGUAGAUGCUGCAGUUAGAAGCCGCAAUUCUGAUAGGACCGCUGUUGUUACUCUACCUGCUGGGAUUGGUAACUCCAGAUGA